AUGCUAUUCCAUCGAAUCUUACUCAUUCUCACUUAUCUCACCUUGGCCUUAGCCAGAGUAUACGAAAUCUCACUCCCAGACCAUGCUGUCCCAGGAGAGACUAUCGACGUCACAGUCAGCGCAGCAAGCCAUAUUAUGAAUUGGGACGAUUUCGGUAUCAUCUUUGGUUUAAUUAGGGAAGAACAUGAAUGUGACGGUUGUGUGGGAAUGGAACUUGGUUAUAUCAGUUUAUACGGUAACGUGACACUUGGAAAUACCACUUAUCCAGUUCAGAUUCCAGAUACGACAACUGGGAAAUAUACGUUUGUAGCUGCCGUACCAUAUCUCGUCGGAAUCUCUGGCGAAACUGGUAUCAAUUACUUCAACCAGUCUAUAAACUUGGUGGCAAAUGCUAAAUUCCGUGUAUAA